CGUAGUAGGUACGCGUAGCAUCUGUGGACCAACAACUCGACAGCAUACUAACAGUCAACACAGUAGCAUGUAAGCACUCAAGUACUCCAUCACUUCUGCCUUAUCUUGACGAAGUAGCCUGACACUAGCAUUCGAUGGCUGCAAGAUGGAAUCAUGAACAGCUGUCUGCCAUUCUCAGCUUCACUCGACCAGGUCUUGACCGAGCCUCCAGAGACCCGUUAUUUCCAACUCUAUCCUGCGCCGAUGAGGAGGCCAUCCGCGACAUAGACCCAACAUCAACAAAAGGACGCAUACUGUGCACUUUUCAAGAUAUGCUCACUCAUCGAAUCACUCCCAGAGCAGCAGCAGAUAUACUUGGUUCACUGACUUCAGCCGAAUGCUCUUCGUAUACACCUCGUGACGCGAGCAUACUCUGGGGCGCCAUUUGUCAUUGUGGCGAGACAUGGCCGGAAGCAGAACUGAGGAUAUUAGCCGACUUGGUGGUAGAGCUUGCGAAGUUGUCAUACGCUUUACCAGAGUAUCCGUAUGAUACAGAUGAGCCGGUUCAGGGCACCAGCAGCUUUUUGGACUUACCUGGCUUCGGUCAUGAGCUCAUGGGUCAUUUACAAGGUCCAAAGUGUUAUAGCUUGCAGUUCAUGACCUCUGAAGCUCGCACAGAUGCAACGUUGAGGACAUCUGAAUCGAUGACGGGACGUAUUGUCAGUGGUGAUGUCGUUCUUGCUGUCAGAGACCUUUACAAGAACAUCAACACCUUCGCCGCGCUUCUUACCUGCCACCAUAUUCGAGGUGCGCUGCCACAAAAAAAUGUGGACUUUCGUGGCAUGGCAUGCCAUCCGAUCGUUGGUGCCUUAGAACACGAACUCAGUCUCAAUGAAGUGACGCAACAUCUCGAUGGCUCUGCUACCAUGCCUGACCAAGACUGGGCGGCUUUCAGGUCAUCGCAGCCUAGUAUUGAGCUGCCAGCGGCCACACAAUGGCUGUCACUUCUAGGUCGCGAUCUUUACGACGGGCGGGCGGACUCUGUAGCGCCAGUCGGUCCUUUGUGGAAGGCCCAGGGCGGCGAAGAGAAGAUCACGCUGAAAAGAUGGCAGUUCUGGCAGAACAAAUUACGGUACUUUGCCUCAGUUGAUACCAUUCUAGGCGAUGGGAUCAAAAUGGCAUGCAGACAAGCAGCAGAUCGCAUGGACGUGGCGGCCUGAGCGAGAUAUCGCAGUGCUUAGUACUAAGCCGUGUGAUCCGACAACGCUCUCAGGGAGACGAUCUGUGUAUCGACCACGGGCUGAGCUUAUUAUCUAUGUGCUCGCUAAUCGCGAUGUCCUCGUCCCUGUGCAAUCACGGAACUGGAUUCAGCGUCAGUCUGUUCCUACUCCUUACUAGGAGUUUCGCUCAGCAGACAGUACAACGCACUGGCUCGUAUUCGUCGCAGACCCCCCUCAUCCCAGAGGCAGAGUUCAUGGAGACUUGCAAGAGAGAGAAAGAAGUAGAGAAUCUUGCAAAUGAGUGUACUCGGUUAGAGUUCCUGGAAAAGCAACGCAGAACGCAAAUCCAAGUCCAGGAAACAGAGGCUAAGCGCAGCACCAGCGCAUGCGCGGAGAUUAAAGGCAAAACAGGCCUCCACGUAUCGCAAAGCGAGAACGCCGAUUGA